AAGAAAAAAGAAAAAUGGAAAUAGAAGGCCAAUUUAGAUGGUAGAGAAAAAGAAAAGAAAGGUGAAGAAGAAAGAGGGGAUUUAGUUAAAUUUAGGAGAAGAUGUUGAGUGCCAUAAUUGGGUUUCACAUAACAAACUAAUUCCACAAAAUUUCUUCAAUUUUUCUUCCCCUUUCCCUCGAUUGUCUUCCUCAUUUUCCACUGCUCUUCUUAUUUCUUCUUCAAUCUCUUCAUCUCCUUCUUCUUCAACACCUUCUACUCUCCCUUCCCUUCCCCCCAACUUCUUAAGGUGCUUGGAACAAAUGGCCUUGGUUACCACCGCAGAAGUUUGUGAUGCUAAUCCACAACUCAUUGUAAGUGGUGAACUUCGGGCCCUUGAACCAAUUUUUCAGAUAUAUGGUCGGCGCCAAGUAUUUUCAGGACCAGUAGUCACACUGAAGGUGUUUGAAGACAAUGUGUUGAUUCGUGAGUUUCUCGAGGAGAAGGGUAACGGCAGAGUUCUUGUGGUGGAUGGGGGCGGUAGCAAAAGGUGUGCAAUAUUGGGUGGCAAUCCUGUUGUUCAAGCUCAAAACAAUGGUUGGGCUGGUAUAGUUGUGAAUGGAUGUGUUAGAGAUGUGGAUGAAAUAAAUGGUUGCGAUAUUGGGGUAAGGGCACUUGCGUCACAUCCAAUGAAAGCCUACAAAAAGCGGGUCGGAGAGAAGCACGUGCCGAUAACUGUAGCUGGGACAAGGAUCAUGGAUGGGGAAUGGCUGUAUGCAGAUACUGAUGGAAUUCUAGUUUCACGAACCGAGUUGUCGGUUUAGAGAAGUGUUGAUUAAUUUCUCUUUCAAAGAUUUUGAUGGCAGGAUAAUAUUGUUAUACGAGGGCAAGAGCUUGUCAGUAAUGGUGUUGAUGUCUUACUUGUGGACCCUAGAAUUCAAGUUCUUGUUAUAUUUAUCAGUAAAGUUGUGUUAUGCUUGAGCCUAAUUGAUGGCUGUGUUCUGUUGUAAGAUGAAUUGAUGCACUUAAUCUCUUAAUACUGUUAAGUGGCUUUUACUGUUGUGAGCUGUUGUCUUAUCAAUAAAAAUUACUUCAUAGAA